AUGCUAAUCCCAAGAGCCAUAUAUCAGUCUGCUACAGCAAUAGACGCCUAUACUCCAACGCCUUCACCUUCGCCAUCGUGGACGUCCAGGAGUAUUUCGCCAUCUGCUACAUCCGUCGUGAGCGACGAGAUGCAGGACAACUUCUCCAGGAAAUUGAGCAUGAGACAGCCUCGGUAUUUCUCUGGGCCCAGACUCCCCGCGCCGCCUAUUAAAGAAGGAGAUAUCGUUGAAGUGCGACGCUUCGAAAAAGAUUCAUUGACCUGGACCAAAUGGCAAUUAGGGAGGGUGGUACCUCAAAGUCAUAUGAUGGUUCCAGGAUCAACGCAGUCAGAACCUUGCUAUAUCGUGAGGCCCGUCAGAAGAGGGCAAGACGUGACGACCAACCAACACGGUGUCUUCGAAGAGUCUGAAGCUAUCAGUAAGCAUAUUCAAAGCCUAGGGGAGAUCCGUCAAGUCGGAGGCCUCGACUGGAAGUUCGAUGAAGCAGCGGUAGUCAGAGAUUUCUUGAAGUCAGAGUCCGUUCUAACCCUUCGUGAAUACCAGAACGUCAAAGACGUCUAUGCAAGCGUCGCCAUAAGUCUCGGCGGACAAGCGCCCGCCGCUUCGCCGCCAGCAGCCGUACCCGUUUGGAACCCCGGAGAGAUUAUCGGCUGGACGGACUCCCAUCUGCGCGUCAGGUUAGUGGCCGGCCCAUUCAAAGGACAAACUCGUAUGGUCGUGGCGGCCCUUCGGUACCACCCAUCGACCGUGAAGGUUUGCCUUCAGAGAGGCGACCGUGUCAUGAAACCGGAUGGCACGAUCGUUUCGCUCCAAAAACGAGGCACUCGGACCUCCUAG